AUGAAGUCAAACUUUUCUAUUAAAAUUGGUAUGUUCAUUCUUAUAUCUUGGAUAUAUAAUAUUUACAGUGAAGAGAGUAUAUUUAAUAUAUAUAUGGUAGAUUGCAAGUAUGAUAUAAAAUUAUAUUUAAGAAAUUUUCGAAUACUAGUGGAAUGUAAAGAAGUAAAUGAUUCAAAUAUUGCACAAUCACAAGAAGAGAUACCUAAUUAUGAAAAGAAUUAUGAAAAAGUUUUAUCUUACGACAGAAAGGGGGAAAAGCAAACGAAUACACAGUCGAGGAGAAAUUCAUUAUAUGAUGAAUUUAAUAAACAAUAUAAGAUACAAAAAAAAAUAAUAUAUGGAAAAAAAAAAUUAUCUCGCUUUGAAAGAACUUUUUUUAAGAAACUUGAUUACAUAGAUUUUAUUAGAAAAAAUCAGUCAAUUUGUAAUAAAACAUACCAAAAAUUAGUAAUUAAAAAGUUUGGACUAUCAAUGUAUUUACCUACUUUAGUACUCUCGUGGGUGAUAUUAGCCCCAUUAGGAGGUUUAAUUUAUAGUUUUUUCCCCAAAACUGGAACAGAUGGUGAAAAUGGCGUAUCUACCAAAACUUAUGAUGUUACAUUAUUCCUUGUAUUAUUGAGUAUAUUAAUUGUCAUAUUGAUGACCUGGUUAGUUUUUACUUAUAUGAAAUUUAGAAAACAUAGAAGAAUUGUGAAAAGAAAAUGUUAG